CGCGCUCCCUCCCGCCCUCCGCGCGCUCCCUCCCGCCCUCCGCGCGCUCCCUCCCGCCCUCCGGCCUGUCCUGCGCAGGCCGGCUCUCCGCGACCCGCCGGCCAUGGUGAACUUGGGACUGUCCCGGGUGGACGACGCCGUGGCCGCCAAGCACCCGGGCCUCGGGGAGUAUGCUGCGUGCCAGUCGAACGCUUUCAUGAAGGGCGUUUUCACCUUUGUCACAGGCAGUGGUGUGACUUUCGGCCUGCAGAUGUUCAUUCAGAGGAAGUUUCCGUACCCCUUUCAGUGGAACGUGCUGGUGGCCGUGGUUGCAGGCUCAGUGGCCAGCUACUGGGUGACCCGAGUGGAGUCACAGAAAUGCAGCAACCUCUGGCUCUUCCUGGAGACGGGGCAGCUCCCCAAAGACACAGGCACAGAUCAGCGCAGCUAGCAGAGCUCCAGCCGGGGCGCAGAAGACCUGGGCCGGAGAGUUCUAGAACAUGGCCUGCAGCAUCUCCACACCCCAGGCUGCCCUCCCCCACCACAAAGGCCUUCCACAUACCCUAAGUGCCCCCACCAUGUCCCCUGCACACAAGCACAGGCAGGUGUGCCAGGCCCGUGCAGACCGUCCCUGCCCCAAGCCUGGGCCCUGCCCAGGUCAAGCCAGAAAGGACGGCGGGAAACGUGGUGGAUGCUGAGAGCCGAGAGCAUCAUCCCUGUCUCAUGCACGCAUUUGGGGGCAGCAGCUCUGGGGCGCGUGGUGGAGGGGCUUCUGUACCUUUGGUGCUCUGACACCCCCUUUCUGGGCCCUGCAUCCCCCUCAGUCAGAGGUGACGGCUGCUGCUGGGGGUUGUGGGGGUAAUAAACACCCUGUUCCCACCUGAA